CCGACCAUUAUCCACAAGACAUCUUAACCGUUCAUACGCUCAAAUCGUACGGUCUGAAGCACCAGGAUAUCCCAAACCAUAUCCUUAGAUAUCUUACAAAAUCACCCUUCACUUCGCCUUCGAUUCAGCGAAUCACCACCAUGGCCUCCGUCGCCCUCAAAUCUUUCGUCGGACUCCGCCAAUCAUCGACGGAAAACCACCGUUCCUCCAUCGCCUCUCUCACUAAACCCCUUUCAUCCACGCAAAUCCAUUAUCGCCGCCUCAAUGUUGUUGCCGGAAAAUCCAGCCCUAAAGUCACUGGACGAAACCUCCGUGUCGCUGUCAUCGGCGGUGGACCAGCAGGUGGCGCAGCCGCGGAAACCCUAGCGAAAGGCGGAGUGGAGACGAUUCUGAUCGAGCGGAAAAUGGACAACGCUAAACCAUGCGGCGGCGCAAUUCCGCUCUGCAUGGUCGGAGAGUUUGACUUGCCGUUGGAUAUCAUUGACCGCCGUGUGACCAAGAUGAAGAUGAUCUCUCCGUCGAAUGUUGCCGUCGAUAUCGGUCGAACCCUCAAACCCCACGAGUAUAUCGGCAUGGUCCGCCGUGAAAUCCUCGAUGCUUACCUCCGUGACCGCGCCUCCGCCGCCGGCGCCACCAUCAUCAACGGUCUCUUUGUCAAAAUGGACAAACCCACGGAGAAGUACAAACCCUACGUCAUCCACUACAACUCUUACGACGGCAAAGCAGGAUCCGCCGGCAAAAAGGUGAGCAUCGAAGUCGAUGCCGUAAUCGGCGCCGACGGCGCCAACUCCCGUGUCGCAAAAUCCAUCGACGCCGGCGAUUACGAGUACGCAAUUGCGUUUCAGGAACGCAUCAAAAUCCCCGCCGAUAAAAUGCAAUACUACGAAGACCUUGCGGAGAUGUACGUCGGAGACGACGUCUCGCCGGAUUUCUACGGCUGGGUGUUCCCAAAAUGCGAUCACGUGGCGGUUGGAACCGGCACCGUUACACACAAACCCGACAUUAAAAAAUUCCAACUCGCCACCCGCCUCCGUGCCCGUGACAAGAUCCUCGGCGGCAAGAUCAUUCGGGUUGAAGCUCACCCAAUUCCCGAACACCCACGGCCGCGGAGACUGGCGGAGAGGGUGGCGCUUGUGGGGGAUGCAGCUGGGUACGUCACCAAAUGUUCCGGCGAAGGGAUCUAUUUCGCGGCGAAGAGUGGGCGGAUGUGUGCGGAGUCGAUAGUUGAGGGAUCGGAGAACGGAAAACGGAUGGUGGAGGAGGCGGAUUUGAGGAAAUACUUGGAGAAAUGGGAUAAAACCUAUUGGCCGACAUACAAGGUGUUAGAUGUGUUGCAGAAGGUGUUCUAUCGGUCGAAUCCGGCGAGGGAGGCGUUUGUGGAGAUGUGCGCCGAUGAGUAUGUGCAGAAGAUGACGUUUGACAGCUAUUUGUACAAGAAGGUGGCGCCGGGGAACCCAUUGGAGGAUUUGAAGCUCGCAGUGAACACAAUUGGGAGCUUGGUUAGGGCUAACGCCCUUAGGAAGGAGAUGGCCAAGAUUUAAUAAUUUUAUUUUCUUGUUAUUUUAAGCAAUUUAAAUUUAUGCUUUUUUAUAUUUAAAAUUUGGAAAUAUAAUUUUAUU